UCCUCUUUCUUACAGCCUUCUUUGGCAAGAACGUUUUUUCACAACCAAUUCUUCAGCCAUAACAAUAUCAUAUUAACCGUAUAUUUCAAACAUGAGCGGAUGGAACCAUCCGUUAACACACCACUUUCUCAAUUGAUCAAUUGAACCGAAUUCGCUCAAUUUUAAGUGAUUUGAAUUCAUUUCUUUACAGGAAUUACAAGGGCUGAACCCUUUAUAAAAUUGACCUUCAAAAAGUCAAUUACACAUCAACAGACCGCUUUGUGCGCUUGGCUUCGUCAUUUGUCUUUAUUGACUUAAUCAACUGAAUUUCCCUGCUGCUGAAUUGGAAAUAUGGAUACGGAAAAAAAGGGAGACUUGGACCUUCGAGUCUUUUCCUUCAAUUGCUGGGGAUUGCGAUUUGUGUCAAAAUAUCGUACUGAACGUUUGAAGGAAAUUGGUAAGAAGCUCGCUAAUUCUGAUUACGACAUUGUGCUUCUACAGGAAGUAUGGUCCAUCCAUGACUUUAAUGAAAUUCGCACUCAAGUAAGUGGGAACCUUGUUUAUUCGAGAUUUUUUCACAGUGCUGCUAUGGGAGCUGGCCUUGCUAUGUUUUCCCGAUUUCCCAUUAUUGAAUCUGCUAUGUGUAAAUAUCCUCUCAAUGGCCGUCCACAAGCCUUUUGGCGAGGUGACUGGUACGUUGGCAAAGGUGUAGCAACCGCUAGUUUGCAGCAUCCUUCUGGAAAAACUAUAUCGCUAUUCAACACUCAUUUACAUGCCCCCUAUGGAAAAGGUCCAGAUACAUAUUUGUGCCAUCGACUUUUUCAGGCAUGGUUUAUUUCCAAAUUGCUUCGCUCGGCAGUCCAGCGGGGUCAUAUUGUAAUUGCUGCUGGUGAUUUUAACAUUCAACCUUUAAGUGUACCUCAUGAAAUUAUCACUUCCUAUGGUUUAGUCCAAGACGCUUGGCUCACGGUACAUCCAGAACAAGCAACGCAUCCCCCUAAUCGCUAUGCCAUGUCAGAUCAAGAGUUAGUAGACAUUGCUGGUGCUACAUGUGAUUCUCGUCUCAACAGCUGGCGUGAAAAUAUUUCCUCAAAGGAUAUGGAUGACUUUGUCGCUAAGCGUCUGGAUUACGUCUUUCAUUCACCUAGUACGAGUACAGCUACUCGAUCUAAAGUUGUCUUUACUGACCGCAUCCCUCGAUUGGGCUGUAGUUAUUCAGACCAUUUUGGCAUUGAAAUGGAUUUAAGGAUCCUUGAACAACCUUUAGUACCUGCAGAAACCCGUGUGCGUCACACAAUUAUUGAUGACACCCUUGGUAUCACAUAUCAAUAUAUGGCAAGGGAAAGAUUGCAUAUGCGUCUCCGUAUAGCAGAGCUCUUAAUAUCUAUUCCUAUAAUUAUCGGUGUGCAUGUUGCAAUGGUAUGGUGCGAUCCUGCAUGGUUGAAGGUGAUCAUACUUUUCUUUACAUUAGUUAUCGCUGUUGCGGCUGCCGUAAAUGGUUUUUGCAUCGGUCUUCUAUUUGGAAGAUGGGAAUUCAAUGGUCUUUUGGAAUUUGCCGCUGAGUUAAGAGAGCAAAAAUUAUUGUGCAAAGAGUACUAUAUAGGCCAUUCUUUGUCUUAAGGGGAUUGGAUAUCGUGACCUUUUUGUAUCAGCUAGGUUUCAAUUGAUGAAUAUUGUGAAUGAUUUCUUUGUUUCCAUUUAAUUUACUAGUUUUCUGUUUCUUUUCUUUUUUUUCUGUUUAUAGUGCGCUUUAUUGAUACUUGCGUAGUGUUCUGUCUUUAGCAAAUACUACUACUCUAUUU